AUUUUUCACUCUGAAUGGAUGUACACUAUGAGAGCACACUCCUCUGCAUUUGUUGCGGUGGCAUUUCUUUUGCUGACGGCCAUCACUCAUUCGACGGAGUUUCUUGAUGACUUCGAAGUCCCCGAGGAAAUAACCACACUACAUGCUAAUAAGGAAAUGCUUGGUCCUGUGAACCUGAAGCGCAUCGAGGGGAGAACUCGACAAAGGAGCGCACUUUCGUUUGAGGGAAAAAACAGGACGGGCAAAAUGAUCGAAAACUAUUGCUGCUUCUGGAUAUACCAGGCGCAUCCGCCCAUUCCGCACACCUGGAAACACAUGGCCGAGUAUCCUUUCGACUUUCAGUUCAAUGGAGAGUUUGUGCGGAACCAACGACACAAUGGAGUCGAAGUACCUGCAGAUGAGGAUGGCGACAAGGGCAGCGCAGCCACUUAAUACUAAGCUUAAGAAAGAUAUAUGUUUCACUAAGCAAUCAAACACUUUGCUGAGGUGCUGUCCGUUUAUGAUAUGGGUAAUUAUCUUUGAACCCGCCACACCUUCCUCCAGUUUCGUUGCAGAAUUAUGGUGAUUUGUAUUAACUUAUUUAUAAAGUUUAGUUUUCAUUUCAUUUGCAUUUUCCCUUUACAUAAGUAUUUUUGAUGAUAUUAAUUGUUCAAUGGAACUGUAACGGUUACUUAAAUAAUUACGACCAACUUCAAUUACUAUUAAAAUAUUAUAAGCCAAAAGCCAUAUGCCUGCAAGAAACCCAUCUUCACUCCCUUCAUAACAUCCCUAUCCCUAUCAACUUCACACUUAUACACGAAAACACGUCAAAUAACACUCACGGAGGAGUAGCAAUACUUGUCCACAACUCUAUCCAAUAUGAAUCUCUAACUCUAAGUAACGACUUCGAUGCGGUUGGAGUACUUUUGCACUCCAAACAAAAAAUACGACUUAUAUCAACGUAUAUUGCCCCAGACAAAAAAGUUGAAUUACACAAUUUAGAAAACAUGUUUGGAAACCCUAACGACAACACUAUUAUAACUGGCGACUUCAACAGCUGGCAUCAGAGCUGGGGAUCGCCGAAUAAUAACAAGAAGGGCAACACUAUUUUUAAAUAUGUUAGCCAGUCAAACUUAAUAACAAUUAACGAUGGAUCUCCCACUCACUUCUCAACACACCAUACUAUGACACAUGUAGACCUAACAAUUAUAACUCCAAACCUUUUCACUUUCACUAAAUGGAAAACUGACCACGAUCUCUACGGAAGUGACCAUUUCCCAAUCCACAUUUCCCUCUUUGAAAAUGAGGUAACGGGAACGAACCACAGAUUACCCAAGUUUAAAGUAGACUCUGCGAAUUGGCCCCUCUUUACAUCUCUAACGUUGACAUACCACAUUGAAAAACCAAUUGGCAACCAAGUUAACCAAGAAGCCGCCAACAUCAUUAAGAUUAUUCGGCAAAGUGCCAACAUCGCAAUACCCCAAACAAACCCAAUCUUUAAUAAAAAACACACUGUGCCUUGGUGGAGUAAAACUCUCGACCAAUUAAAAAGAAAUAAAAACAAUUCAUGGUACAAAUUAAGAAGGUGUAUUAACAUCGAAAACAUUAUACAGUUUAAAAAAGCCAAGGCUUUACUGAGAAGAGAAAUAAAGCAAGCAAAACGUAGCUCACUCCAAAACUUCACUGCGGAAAUUAAUCCCAGCUCAUCUCCUUCAAAGAUUUGGGCAAACAUCAACACCUUUUGUGGCAGAAAGAUUAGAAAUGACAUUCACUGCAUAACCUCUCCCACUAUUCCUACCAUAAACAUUAUUGAUAAAAAAACCAUCGCCCAAAUUUUCGCCACCCACUGGUCAGAAUCUUCUUCCGAGUCUAAUUUCAGCGACUCUUUUCAAGCAAAUAAGACACGAUCAAAAGCUAUAAUCCCCACCUACGAAACAUCAUCAGAGUCAUUUUUGAUAGAAAGUAAAAUCUCAUACAUAGAAUUUAGAGCAGCACUAAAUAGCCUUAAAGGGAAGACCCCAGGGCUUGACCGGAUUUCAUAUCCCAUGUUAAAAAACAUCAGUUACCCUGUAUCACUCCGCCUUAUAGACUUAUUUAAUAACAUUCUCGAUAGCCACAUUCCACAGCAUUUUAAGAACAGCACAAUACUACCAAUCCAUAAACCCAACACAGCCAAAAUAUCCAUAAACUCAUAUCGACCGAUUUCUCUAAACCCUUGCAUAUCUAAGGUACUAGAAAAAAUCAUAGCAAACCGACUAUGGUGGCUUGCGGUUAACAGCAAACUUCUCGAUAGUCGACAACUCGGAUUUCGGAAGGGAAUGUCAGUAUCUGAGUGCCUAACUCUGUUAGAUUACCAGACUACAGUAGCCCUAUCCACUAGAAGCCACCUAUCAGUCAUAAGCCUUGACUUUGAAAAAGCCUAUGAUAAAAUUGGAAUACACAGUAUAAUCGACGAAUUGCAUAGAUGGAAAAUCGGCCCAAAAAUACUGAAUUUUAUAAAAAACUUCCUGACCAACCGUAAAAUUAAAGUCCAAGUCAGCAACGAAUUUUCAGACAACCAACCACUCUACAAUGGGAUUCCACAAGGUUCCCCAUUAUCAGUGGUUCUAUUUUUAAUAGCCUUCAACAAACUCUGUCGUACCAUCGAAGUCCAUAGGGGCUUCCAGUUCUUCUCCUACGCAGACGACUUCACUAUUGUAAAGAAAAUAAACAAAAACGUAAAUUCCUUGCAAAUCAAUCCCCUUUUCAAAGACAUAAUAAAAUGGUGCGAGUAUUCUGGAGCGAAACUCUCGAUUCAUAAAUGCCAGCACUUACACAUAUGCAGAAAACACAGAUGCAACUUCAAGAUCAAUUCUCAGGCUUACCCCCUUAUCCAAACUAACUCCCUUAAAAUCCUUGGAUUAAUAAUCUCGAACAAAUACAGGUGGAAAGACCACAUAGAGUCAUUGGCAAUUCAGAUCUCCAAAAGAUUAGAUAUUAUAAAAUGGUUAGGGAACCAACGACUCAACUGCGACUUCAGAUCUCUAGUAAGUACAAUAAAUGCCCUCUUAAUGUCUAAAAUCGACUACUGCCUACCGUUUUACGGGAAUUGCCCAACCUCAUACCUAAAAAAACUGAAAACGCUCUACCACGCUGCCUUAAGGUUCGCUUUUGGUGCCUUCCGCACCACACCUAUUAAUAAUCUUCUCUUUGAAGCUGAAAUUAUGCCAAUAGAGUUAAGACUUAGUCUGACAUCUGCAAGAAUAUGUAAGUCGUUUCAUUUCGCAAACAACACUCCUCUUCAAAGCGUCCUACAAAAAAUUAAAAAAUCUAGACGAAAACCAAGAAUUCCUUCUAUCAUACACAGAGUAUCCAAAUUUAGAUACGAAAAUGGUUUAUUUAUUCCUCCUUUAAAAUCAGGAAAACAAAAAACUCCCCCAUGGUCUUUUUCAAAAGACACAAUAAACUUAACUUUACACUACACCUUAAAAUCCUCCACCCCACCAGAAGUAUUUCAAAGAAAGUUCCUCUCCCUCAAAGAACACUAUAACACCUACACAUUCAUUUACACAGAUGGAUCGAAAUCUACAAAAGGAGUCUCUUACAGCAUUACGACUGACACACACGUUAUCAAAUCCACUCUCCUACCAGCACAUAGCACUAUAUACACGGCAGAAGUGGCAGCCAUUUAUGCUGCCUGCCAAUACGCGGAAAGCCAGAAGCAGAGAUUUAUUGUCUGCUCUGACUCGCUGUCAUCACUACAAUCAAUAGGCAAUAUUAAUAAUCAAACUUUUUAUACGUCCCAAAUCAGGGACAUCCUUAACCGAUGCCAACCAAAAAUAAUAUUAUUGUGGAUCCCAGGCCACACAAAUAUUACUGGGAACGACAUGGCAGAUUUAGCUGCUAGGGAAGCUCAUAUCUUCCCACAAAUAUUCGAAAUCAAUAAAAAUUAUAAAGAUACACAAAUAUAUAUUAAAAACUUAUUUAAAAAAGAAUCCAUAAUUAUAUGGGAAAAUACAUCGGAACACUACAAAUACAUCAACCCCAACAAAACAUCAAUUAAAAACUAUAAUAUUACUCCACAAGACAACAUCAACCGCAAAGAUAUGGUGAAAUUUAUAAGACUAAGGUUCGGACACACCAAAUACACAAAAGAACACUUAUUUAACAAGCAACCUGCACCCCAAUGUGGGCUCUGCAACACCAGUAUCACGAUACGCCACAUUUUUCUAGAGUGUCCUCUUUUUGAGGCGGAAAGAAAGAAGUUCCUACCAGCUAACCCAAUUGAUUCCCUAUCCCCAAGUACCAUGAAUAUCAUCUCUUCCCUGAAAUUCCUAAAGGCUACAAACUUAUAUCACUUAAUGUAAAACAUAGACAAUACUUUUAUUCUCACCAAUAUCUACUCAUAUUACUAUUAAAACUCAAUUUAAUGUAAAUCCAAGUAUGUAAAUAUAGCUUAAGGCCUAGUAGCUAUAGCUUAACAAUCGGUUAGAGGUAAUUUGUAAUUGCCCCGGAACCAGAGUAUAAAUAAAUAAAUAAUUAAAUUGAUUUACCGAGUGUCCAGUUUCAAAACGUGUCAGCAAGUAUAUCGAGUAUAUCCAGCUA